AUGGCCAAGUCAAAGACCAAGGAGAGCAAGAAGGCUGACGCCGCUCUCACCUCUGUCAAGAAUGGUGGAGUUACCAAGCCUUCUCAGUCUUCCAAGUCCAAGUCCAAGGACGUUGCCAAGGCUGCCGCAAAGAAGGUAGUCAAGGAGAAGGACGCUCCUGAAAAGAAGAAGAAGAAGAAGGUUGUCGAGCCCGAAUCUUCUGACUCUGACUCUUCUGAGAGUGAGAGCGAGUCCGAUGCUUCUGACAGCUCUGACUCUGAGUCUGAGGCCGAGAAGAAGCCUACUAAGAAGGCUGCGGUCAACGGCAAGGCUAAGAAGGUUGAGUCCGAGUCCGAGUCCGACUCUGACUCUGAAGACUCUGCCUCUGAUUCUGACAGCGAGUCUGACGAGGAGGCCGCCAAGCCCAAGGUGAACGGAAAGGCCAAGGCUGCUGCUGCCGCUGACUCUGAUUCGGAAUCUGAUUCUGACAGCGAGUCUGACGACGGGGGUGCUGAGCUCAAGGUCAACGGCAAGGCCAAGGCUGAGGCCGCUGACUCCUCCGACUCAUCUGACUCUUCGGACUCUGAAGAGGAAAGCGAUGACAAGGCCGCCGCCAAGAAGGAGGCCGACUCUUCUGACUCCGAGGAUGACUCUGAGGACGAUUCUGAUGAUAGCGACGACGACUCCGAGGAGUCUGAUGAGGCCAAGACCAAGACCGAGGAUGCCCCCGCUUCCAAGAAGCGCAAGGCUGAUGACGAGAUCGACGCUACCCCCAAGAAAGCCAAGACUGAUGCUCAGGGUGCCCCCACUCUGUUUGCUGGCAACUUGAGCUGGAACAUCAACGAUGAGUCUUUGGCCGAGGCUUUCAAGGACUUUGAGGGCCUCGUUGGUGGCCGUGUUGUCACUGACAGAGAUGGCGGCCGCAGCCGUGGUUUUGGAUAUGUUGACUUCGAAACUCCCGAGGCUGCCACCAAAGCUUACGAGGCCAUGCAGGGCUUUGAGCUGGACGGCCGUCCUCUUAACCUCGACUAUGCCAAUGCUCGUCCUGCUGAGUCCAACCCUCGCGAACGUGCCGCUGACCGCGCCAAGAAGCACGGUGACUCUGUCAGCCCUGAGAGCGAGACUCUGUUCGUCGGCAACCUGCCUUUUGACACUGACCAGGAGACCGUUCGCGAGUUCUUUGGUGAGGUCGCUGAGGUCGCGAGUGUUCGACUGCCCACUGACCCUGACUCUGGUAACUUGAAGGGCUUCGGCUAUGUUACCUUCAACUCUGUCGAGGACGCCAGAAAUGUUUUCCAGCAGAUGAACGGCGCUUCCCUGGGCAACGGCAGAAUGUCUCGCAGUGUGCGUCUUGACUACGCUAGCAGCCGUCCCCAACAGGGCGGUGGUGGCUUCGGCGGUGGUCGUGGAGGAGGCCGUGGAGGACGUGGUGGUGGCGGUCGAGGUGGUGGCCGUGGCCGUGGAGGUGGUGGUUUCGGUGGUGGUCGUGGAGGCGGUCGUGGCGGCUUCGGCACUGGUGCCAACCGAACUCCUUCGAGCUUCUCCGGCACGAAGAUGACCUUUGACUAA